AUGUACCUAAUUCGUUUCAAUUUGGCGUUCGCGCGUAACAGAUUAUAUCCACCUACGGUGCAAUUGAACUCGAUUUCUUUCGAAAUAACGGCGAUCUCCACCGGAAUCGUCGCCAUGUCUGAGCGAGUCGUCGAAGCAUUUUCGCCGGCUACCCGCCCGGAGGCCCGCGUUCUCCCCGUCGCCCUAGCAGUGCAGGCAGUGGCGUGCUGCCGGGAUGGGGACGGGGGGCAGCUGACGGCGCAAUCGAAGGAUAACGACGGGCGACGCGGCGACCGCUUGGGCGAGCAGAGGCGGCGAUGCGGCCUCUGCUCGCUGGUCGCCCGCGCCUUCCGCAGGGCCGUUUGCGGCACGGCCAGUCGCAGGAGCAGCGACGAUUCCUACAGGAUACUGACGGGACCGCCGCCCGACGAUGAGGCAGCUGUUAGAGAAAUUACCAUCGACGUUACGGGAAGCAAUGUCAAGUACAAACGAGGUAAGAAUUUCCCGAAUUUUAUUACCUAA